ACCGACUCGCCGUUAUCAGCCGCGGAGGCUCCGGGCUGUCAAAAGUACACAGACAUCAAUAAUCGCGGGUCCAAUGGUCAGGCGGCCCCGCCAGCGUCUGCCCGCCUCACACUGCGGGCGGACCUGAACCCGCGCGGACGCAUCCUCAGCAAGGAAAGUUCGGCUGGUGCAGAGAUGUCAGAACCGACCCGGUUCGUGAGUCCCUUCCACAGACCGCGGAUGGUGGCCGCCGCGGCUCCGGCGGGGAAAGCCAAGCUCACCCACCCCGGGAAGGCGAUCCUAGCGGGUGGAAUUGCUGGAGGAAUAGAGAUCUGCAUCACCUUCCCUACAGAGUACGUUAAGACUCAGCUGCAGCUCGACGAGAAAGCCAACCCCCCCAAAUACAGAGGAAUCUCCGACUGUGUGAAGCAGACGGUCAGCGGUCACGGCGUGCGGGGACUCUACCGCGGUCUGAGCUCGCUGGUCUACGGUUCCAUUCCCAAAGCCGCCGUCAGAUUCGGCAUGUUCGAGUUCCUCAGUAAUAAAAUGCGGGACGAGAGCGGAAAACUGGACAGCAAACGAGGAUUCCUGUGCGGGCUCGGCGCCGGAGUUGCAGAGGCCGUGGUCGUUGUCUGCCCCAUGGAGACCGUUAAGGUCAAAUUCAUUCAUGAUCAGACGUCAGCAAACCCAAAGUACAGAGGCUUUUUCCAUGGAGUUCGGGAGAUCGUCAGGACUGAAGGACUGAAGGGAACCUAUCAGGGGCUGACGGCUACGGUUCUGAAACAAGGAUCCAACCAGGCCAUCCGCUUUUAUGUCAUGACCUCUCUGAGGAACUGGUACAAAGGAGAUGAUCCCGACAAAGCCAUCAACCCCAUGCUGACCGGACUGUUUGGAGCGGUCGCCGGUGCCGCCAGCGUGUUCGGAAACACUCCUCUGGACGUCAUCAAGACCAGAAUGCAGGGACUUGAAGCUCACAAGUACAAGAGCACGGCGGACUGCGCCAUGAAGAUCAUGAGGCACGAAGGCCCGAUGGCAUUCUACAAAGGUACUGUCCCCCGCCUGGGUCGGGUUUGUUUGGACGUCGCCAUCGUCUUCAUCAUCUAUGAGGAGGUGGUGAAGGUGCUGAACGUGGUCUGGAAGACGGACUGAGGUGGAAACAGGAGAGCUCUGGCAGGCUGCCCUGGGCUCCUAGCAUCUACCUCCAAGUGUUAUGAAACAGGAAAAAAAGACUAACAUUGGUUUUAUUUGUCAUGUUGUUAAAAGCAUUAGAAGAAAAGCUCUUGGAGGUGGAGGUGCUGCUCACAUUUGACCUCUUUGCCCUAAAAAUCUGUUGAGCUCAGGGAUCUGAAGAGCAGAGAAAUGUGAGCACUAACCACCGCUGGAUGCACUUAAUCAUAGAGAAACCGAGAACAUGAAGGUUUCAGGAGCAAAGCUUUUCUAAUUUCUAAUGUGAUUGAUGUAUGUAGUGAUUUUCAGAUGUCAUCUGCUGCCCAGCAGCAGCUCAAUGCCUUAGAUCGCAGAUCUUCAGAUGAGAACGUGCAGAGAGCUUGUUCUGCUCGGAAACGCACAUUUCCUUUAAGGACGCAGUUGAAGGUGGCUUUGUUUUUAAUUAGCAGAGAUGUUUUAUGCUAAAUGAACCAACCCGAUGGAUGUCUUAAAAAGUGCCUAUGUGUAUUUUUAUGAUUUGUUUUAAGAUUACCAGUGAGUGAAUGUUAACCUCGUCACUACAGACUGGAACAUUGUGCUCCGCCUCACACUGCUCUCUCAUUCCAUGCAGUUCUUUUCAGUUUGCAAGUUUUAACCUUUCCAUUUUUGAGAUGACAGGUGCCUUUCAUCGCAUUCCACGCGGCGGUCUCACCGCUCAUGUUUCCUUCGCUUUCACAUCACGAUGUUCUGCUGCUCCUGGUUAGGGGUGGAGCUCCAUGACGGAGUCUGGCUCGUUUACAUGCAGUCCAAUUCCAUGUUUUCCUGCUCAGACAGCCUUUGACACGGUACCUUAUACUGUGCGCUGUUCGCUUUAUCGACAGCUUUUUAUAUUAACAGAUGGAAAGUACUCUUAAGAGUUAAAAACCUUGUAUUGUGCCUUGAAACUAAUUCUAAUGUGAAUGCUCAUCAAUAAACAUGGAUAGGACUGUU